AUGGCGUUGCAGCUGAUCUACGCCGUGGUGAUGAUUAGUCGCUGGGCGUGGCUCGCCGCCAGUAACAGCGAACCUUCAAGUCUUGCAACUGUUGCCGACCCGUCGAGUAAUGAUCCGAACGCAGCCCUGGCGGCGAUGGAGGCAGCCAUCAACCCCAACACUCCUGUCUCAAUCUCUACGCCUUCGACAUCAUCUAAGUCGCCUUCGCAGGAUCAGUCUGCACCGGAAAAAAACCUGCCUCGGGUCCUCGCUGAGCUGAGAGCCCAGCUCUCAAGACAGCCGGCGCUCUUGAUCGACGUGGCGGAUAUCCUCAACAAAGUGGCUACCCAGCUGGAGGAGGUCGACGCUACCAUGGCGGCGGUGUCUGCUGACUCUGGGCCGUGGAGGGGUAACAUUUACACUCUGGGUGCGACAAAGGUCAGGAUUGCACAGAUCAGACAGAGGAGGUGGGCCGAAAUUGUGUCCAAAGGCGAGGAGGAAGAGGAUGAAGAUGACGAGGGUGGCGAACAGGAUGGAAUGGGCGAAGUUGAGAUGCAGGGGAACAUACCGGCGAACUUUUCGACCAUGGGAAAUUGGGGAUUUGAUAUGACUUGGGGACCUGAUGUCUAUGAUAUCGUCGACCCAUCACUGUUCAUGGAUGGGAUGGGCGGGGCGGUAGGAGACUGGGCAGGUGUUGGGUUUACAGGCAUGGCAUCGGCGGAGCAGCUGGGGCAGAGAUAUGUGUGA